ACAAGUUUGUGCCUUGGUGACUGUGAUUGAGACUUUCUCUGACCUGUACAGAUAUGACUCUUAGAAACUUGACAACUGAACAACAGAAGGACUAUCGGGAGUACCUGGUAGCGCACCUGUUCCCUGGACUCGAGACUCGCGGACUGGGAAACACGACAAUCUGGGCAGAGAUGCUUGACAGAAUGAGAUUCACCGUGAUUCCACCGGAAGCCAUAUCGGACAUGAAACGAAUCCUCGACAGACUCUCCGACAGCCUCCCGCAUUCCAUGGUUCGCGGCUUCAGAAAACUCCAUUUGAGGCCAUCAAUACCGCUGUCCCUCGAUUUGUGGAGUCGCUACUGGACGCAUUGGGUCUCCAGUUGGGGAUCCACACCAUCACCAUGAACCAGAAACGACUCGACCAUAUUUUCGACCAGGUGCAGGCCAUGCACGAUGAGCUGCGAAAGCGCCUCGACGACUUCGACCAACAAGCCCUGGACCGUGCUGGUCCUCUGGCACAAGCGAUCAGUGACGAGGUCGUCAAUCGCAGACUGAAGGGAAUGUUUGUUUCAUUCAAGAAGGAUAUCGACGCGAGGGUGCAGUCUCACGAGAGCGCCAACGAGAAGCAGCAGCGAGAAUUUGAGGCGACACUCAACGCGCGCAUCGACAACAUCAACGCGCGCAUCGACAACACGACAAAGACACAGUGCGAGAAAGCUCUUCAGCCUCAUCUGAAGGAGUUGGACGAGGCGAAAGCGACUGUUGCCUCAUUCCGCAAACAGCUGGGGCAGCAUGUUACGGACGCCAAUACCACGCUUGGUCACCUCAAGCAACAGCAGACUUCGAACGCCAGCGAGAUGGAGACUUUGCGAAAGGACCACUCCAAUUUCGUUCUCUCGAACUCGUCCGACUUUCAGACACUUCGCACGACUGUCGAAAAGCGGGAAAAGACCAUCAAAAGCCAGGAUGAGGCUAUUGAAAAGAUCAAUAACGACAUCGUACGCAUAAAGAAGAAUGGUCUAGACGUUCUCAGCGCUGUGAAAAUCGUUGGGCAACGAUCCAGGAGCAACCGCGAGGUGCUACGAAAGACAUUGAGGCAUGUGAUCGAGGUCGAGCACGUCGCCCUGAAAGUUGAAGAGGCACUGCUGGAGAUGGACAUCCUUGAUGAUCAGGGAUUUUUGAAGCCCAAUGAGAAGCGACCCAAGGAUUCGAGGCUCGAUAAGUCGGCUUAUGAGCUGGGCCACAAAGACAACAACCCACUCGAAGCUGACCCGUCUUGCAUCACGCUAUUGCAAGAGGAUCAGGCCCCGGCUCAGGCUGCUGGUGAACAGCCACCACCACCCGCGUCGUGAUUUCUGCGCACCACACAUCUUGCUGUGUAUCGUGCUCAAGAAGCUCAACCUGACUGCCUGUU